GUUAACUACUGACCAAAAGAUGGCGCUAAAUGCAGCCUGGAGCUGCGUCCUGGCGCUUGUUAUUGUUCUCUGCUCGCUGCCCGCUGUAAUUGAGGCCGAAUAUCCGGGUGUAAUUGAGCUGGUUGGCUAUAGCAAUCGUCGAGCGCGUACUCAUUUCAUGGAGAGUCCCAGUUUUAGUGCAAAUCCCACAUUGACACCGCCAGCAGCCAAAACCAGAGCGGAUAUUGAAACGGUCAAGCGUAAUAUGAAGAAAUAUGAUCGUUUAUUGGAGCUGGAUACUAAGAAUUUGCCAGAGCCGCAAAAGGACAUGCUGGCCAGGAUUGUGGAGCGUGUGGCCAGAUUAAAGGAAACACUGGACAUUGAGGAACAGCAGCUCAUACAACAGGAGGCAACAUCGGCAAGAAGCAGCAGCAGCAGCAGCAGCAGCAGCUCAACUCAGCAACUCUCGCAGGAGCAUGAGGAGCAGAGUACAAUGCCCAGCACUGGGUAUACAGAAACUGAAACGGAUCCCACUUUGCUGCUGGAUGAGACCACAUUGUUGCAGCUGCAAAACACAAUGAAUGAGCAAGCGGCAUUGCAGGCAGAGGUCACGGCACAAACAACUCUAAUGCGGGAAUUUCCAACAACAACUGAUUUAAAUUUGGUUACCACAAAUAGUGAAAUAGCUGAGACUACAGCGCCAGCUUUGACAACGCUCGCCGAGAGUGAGGAAACGAAUAAUGAUGAGAGUGAUGAGUCCACAACUGAAUCCUUAACAGAUGCCACCGAUGCGGAUGAUCAGUUUGUUGCCGCACGUUCCAACAACAAUAUUGCAGCAAUUACCGCUGCGGAUGCAGAUCCCAGUACAACCACAACCACAGCGGGUAAUCAACGCACUUUAACCACCAUGGGAAAAUUGAAGGUGAGAGCCACUAAACGUCCUUUUGGCCACAAGGUGACAGCGGCUUUGAAACGACAAGGACAACGGCCAAGCAGCGUUAGUGCCGCAGCGGCAAAUGCAGCAGCGGCUUCAAAACCGCCCACAAACACGGCAACAACCAGCAAACAGAAGCUGGGCAACAGCAACAGCAACAACAACAACAACGGCUAUCAGAAACUGACCACCAACAAGCAACAGUUGCAGCAGCAAAAGUUGACAACAACUGGCGGCAACACAAACUCAAAUCCUGCCACAAUAACGCCUGCAUUGCCGCUGGAACAACUUUACACACGCACACCACAAGCCAACAUACCAGUGCCAGCAGCAGCAAUCGCCGCAGCAGCAGCAGUUGCUCCCGUUGCCAGCAACAGCUACAACAACAACAGCAAUGCUCCAGAUGCAAUUGUCUAUGAUGGUCAUGUGAAUGCCUCGGCGCUCAUUGACAGCCUCAAUACGCAUGCGCGCGAGGAAUAUUACCAACAAAAGCUCAACAGCAACAACAACAACAAGGAUAAUAAGAAGACGGCGACAGCGAAACCUACCAAAUAUCAUUAUUAUCCACACAAUCAACACAUUUAUCUGCUGCCCGAAUGCGCCAUACAGCAGGUCUGCAAUGCGGUCUACGUGAGGCUCAACUACACCCAACCACUGUGCGCCUGUCCAUCAAGAUAUCGUGAUCCCUGCUCGGCGAGUCUCAACGAGGAUGAUCAGCACACCACCAAAUUGGUCGGUGAUAAUAAGAAGAAGGCAAUUACGUUGGCCAAAACCUGCGAGGCAACAACCGAAAUGCGCGAAUGUCGCUCCCCCAAGGAUUGGUCCCUGUUGGCACUGCAAAAUACACGCACUGGCAAGUCACACUAUCUCGUCAUCUGUCGCUGUCCCGAUCACUUCAAGAUGGAGGGACCCAUGGCCCAUGAUCAGCCCACAUAUGCCAGCGUGCCCGGAAUACGUGUCUUUGGCAUGAUGUGCGUCAAGCCGGGCUAUUCGGUGCGUAAACCAAGUGCACAGCCGCCCAAGCGUUAUCAGCUACAGAAACCCUUCUAUCGUCCAAGCUCGGGAGGAAGCGGAGGACUUGGUGGACUUGGGGGACAAAAGGAUUCCUACGGUAGACCCAUCUAUGGUGCGGGCAGUCAAGUGAGCAGUUCGGCGAUCAGUGCCAACUAUCAGCCACAGGAUCAAUCGUUCCAGAGUGGAGGCAGUAGCUCCUAUCAAUAUCUGAACCGUCCGGAGAGCACACAUACGCACAGUUCGCCCAAUUUCCGACCGGAUCAGUUUGCACUCAACGGUUUUCCGGGCAGCAACUAUGGACGCAACAAUGAGAGACGCGGCGAGGCGCCGCCAAUUGAGGCAGCCGCCGAGGAGCGCGAACAGACGCCCAGCAGCAGCACACAGGCCAGCGAUGAGAUGGAGGCCCGCACCACGCUCCAAGCGGAAUCAAAUUUGAACUCCGAACGGAGCGAAUCUCCGGCGCCGGAGCUAACGACGUUGCCGGAGACGAGCCGGGUCAAGAGAUCUCUGUACAAGGAUGAAUAUGAGCCUGAGUUCCCGUGGGAUCGUGUACUGGAAUUCCAACAGACCAUUGUCUGGGAUUAGGCUAUCCAGGAUCAGGCCGAAAUCCUAGAGUAGUUAAAUUUUUUCUAGCACAAAAUUUUGAAGCGAACCAGGAAUUUUGGAAUAAUCUGAAAAGUACUGUGACUGAAGCAAAAGGAUCGCGAGGCGAGGAAUGGGAUUCAUCUCCGACUAACGGGAUCAAUGACUACGUGAGAGGCGGUUUUACGUUACGUAACGUGACGUAAUGUAGCGUAGCGUAACGUAACGUAACGUACUUACAAUUAGCUGAUAAGCACCCUAAACAUUAAGCAUUUGAAAUGGCAUU